AUGAAGUUCACCACCCUGCUGUCUGCCGGCCUGAUGGCCGCCACUACUGCCAUGGCUGACACUUUUGCAUGGGAGAGGCUCGAGCUCAACAACUCGGUUCUGGUGAUUCUCGAUAUGCAGGAGGGCCUCUACAGCAUCUCCAGGGACUGGGGUGCGGUACAUCUUCGGCGCGCUCUUGGCAAGGCAUUCCCCUCGCUUCCUAUCAUCAUGACUACAUCGGCCGAGAAUGGCCCCAACGGUCCUCUGCCACAGGAGAUUCUCGACAUGUACCCGAAUGCGCCCUUGAUCAAGCGUAACGGCGAGGUCGAUGCAUGGGACAACGAGCAAUUCAGAAACGCCAUCAAGGCGACCAACCGCACCCAGAUCAUCAUCGCCGGUAUCGUAACGGAUGUUUGCACUGCUUUCCUUGCUCGCUCUCUCCGCGCCGAGGGCUACUCGGUCUGGGCCAACCUCGAAGCGUCUGGAACGACAACCAAGGAGAUCCGUGACAUCAGCAACGACCAAAUGAUGAGGGCCGGGGUUAACGUCGUCUCCCUCUUCGCCAUCGUCUGUGACCUCAUGCGCGACUGGCGCCACACCCCCGGCGCCAAGGAGCUCCUCCCCUGGCUCGACCGCUACCUGCCCGCCUACGGCAUGGUCGCCCGGGCUCACAAGGCCGCCAUCACCGCCGGCGAGAUCCAGCCCGGCGAGGACGUCCUGCCUUCCUAA